UUUUCCCAGCACUAUUUUCGCUAUGAAACUUAUGUAGUUUCUUAGCGGAUUGUUAAUAUAGUAUUAUUUUAAGAAUACUAUAGGAUUACUCAGCCACUUAUGUGCAUAAACAUGUGAAAGAAACAAAUGCUUCAAAUUCGCGGCGAAAGGAGGAAGAAUUGUUACGCUUUCGUUAGAUUAAGUUCGCCUUUGUACAUUUGCAACAUGACAUUAAAACAAGCUGUUUACUUUCUGAAAAGACGAUUUGAUGACAGUGAUGCAAAGUCGCCUCUCAGUUUUAAGUACAUCGGAAUGCUGAGUUUCAUGUUAAGCUCCAUCGGCUGUUGGCCGCACAGGCAGUUCGGCCGGCGCCGGCUGGACUUUAUACUGUCCAUGUACAAUAUGCUGUUGAUCGCCAUAGCCAUGGCUUUACCGAGUUUGGGUGCAACCUACAUCUGGUACAAGAGAGAGACGAUUUCGUUCUUCGAUGCGGGGCACGUGCUUUUAUGCAUGUUUUUAGAAUUCUUGUUUUUGAUACAUACGCAGAUCCACAACAUAUCAACGAUAUUCACAUUUUACAUGAUCUGUCAGAUGUUCUGUGGGUUAUGCCUGUUCGCUUUCAUGCCGUGGUACAACAACUACAACAACGGAAUGUUCGGCCCGGACCGGCCCGCCAACCGCACUUUUGAGCAAGCUGUCUACUUUCACUGCUUCACCGAAGACGUGUAUACCACCAUUGAGGGAUACUGGGUUCUCUUUGUAUUCAAUAUUCCUACCACCUACAACACUUCGUGUGGCGUCGUGGCCUUCGACCUUCUGAUCUCCCUUAUAAUCUUUCAAAUUUGGGGGCAUCUUAAAAUUUUGAAGCACAAUUUGUCAAGCAUAAUUCCGAAGGACGGCAUGUAUUCACCAGAAGAGAAUAUGAGAGUCCGAGAGAUAUUAAAGGAAAUCAUCGAACACCACAAAUUUAUCAUAAAGUUUGUGGACAAGUGCUCCAACGCUUUAAGUGAGGAAUUGUUUGUAUUUUAUAUGAUGAUGCAACUCCUGACCUGCACAUGUUUGCUUGAGGUUUCCUCUCUGACGACAGACGCGCUGGCUAAAUACGGAUCGAUCACUCUAGUGGUGCACCAACAAUUGAUUCAAGUUUCUAUACUUUUCGAAAUGAUAAGUGCUAAGACAGUCGUCUGGGUGUCUGUUGGAUAA